AUGUCAGGGGCAAAGCAUUGGGAGCAAGAUAAAGAAGCUACCAUCUAUGUGGGUAACAUCGACGAGCGCGCUACCGACGCUCUGAUAUGGGAGCUGAUGGUUCAAGCUGGCCCUGUAGUCAACGUUCAUUUACCCAAAGACCGCGUCACUCAGUCCCAUCAGGGUUUCGGCUUCGUCGAGUUCAAUGGCGAGGUCGACGCUGAUUAUGCCGCCAAGAUUAUGAACGGCAUUCGAUUAUACGGCAAGGCCCUCCGAGUCAACAAGGCCUCGGCAGACAAGCAGAAACCCCUAGAGAUUGGUGCAGAGCUCUUCAUAGGCAACCUCGACCCCAUGGUAGACGAAAAGGUCCUAUACGAUACCUUUGGCAGGUUCGGAACUCUCAUCGCACCACCCAAGGUUGCGCGCGACGACAACGGACUCAGCAAAGGAUAUGGUUUCGUUAGCUAUAGCAGCUUCGAGGCUAGCGAUGAUGCUAUCAAUAAUAUGAAUGGCCAGUUCCUCAUGAACAAGGAUAUCAGUGUCCAGUAUGCCUACAAGAAGGACGGCAAAGGUGAACGACAUGGAGACGAAGCCGAACGAAUGCUCGCAGCACAAGCAAAGAAGCAUAAUGUCACAAUCGAAAGUCAACCCAUGCCGCCGGCAUUACUUCAGAACUCUACACCCGCUCCCGCCGCCCCAGCAGCUGUUGCGCCACCGGCAAUGGCUACAGGUGGAUUCGACCCUUCCAUGGCUGCCGGCAUUCCUCCUACCAGACCACCUGUUGGCUUUGCUCCCCCAUCGGUUGCGCAUCGCGGUCCUCCACCUCCCUUUGCGGUCAAUGGCACACCACCACCUCCUGGUGCGGGCAGACCCAACGUGUUGCCCCCGGCGCCAUCAGGUCUGCCAGCUCGCCCUCCCCCUUCACAAGCCGGCUAUGGAAGUCCUGCAGACUUUCACCCAGGUAGUUUCCGGAUGCCACCUCCAGGUUUUGGUCCUCCUCCUGGCAAUGUACCACCACCGCCGCCACCUGGGUUCACUCCUGGUUAUGGUCGCUGA